AUGAACCAAAUUUUCUCAAACUUAAACGGUUUACUAGUGGCCCAACUCGAGACUUUGUGCAAGUUAUUUUACUUGGCAGGGAGUCAGUUAGUUUCCUACAAGCACAUUGAUCUCCGUGACAAACCUACUGCAGAGGAUCUAGAUGUGCUUCUCCUGAUGCGAUGUUGUUGCGGAAUAUGCAGAUCACUCGUGCUUGGCAUCGAAGACAAGCCUUCAUUCUUUACAAAGAAGUACUUGAUACCUUUGCGUUCUACCAGGAACCAGCUGACGAAACUCCACCUCCAGUAUCAAGGUCUCAUCUUUCCUUGUCAUUUGAACACCACCCUAAGUCACUGCUCGUCCCUAACCGAUAUGGAGCUGCACAAUAUGUGCAAUUUUAGAUUGAAAUAUGUUCUCAGAAUGGUUGCGGCUCACUGCAGCCUCCUUGAGCGGCUUGUAUUCCGGCCUUUUCCAGACGACAAGGUUGUCCGAUCAAUAGGCGUCGAAAUGCUAUAA